AUGAAUGACACUGUAACCAUCAGAACCAGGAAUUUCAUGACAAACAGACUUCUUCAGCGUAAACAGAUGGUUAUAGAUGUUCUUCAGGCUGGAAAGGCCACAGUGCCCAAGACUGAAAUUCGAGAAAAACUGGCCAAGAUGUACAAGACAAUUCCAGACGUCAUUUUUUGUCUUUGGAUGCAGAAUCCACUUGGUGGUGGCAAAACAACAGGCUUUGGCAUGACUUACAAUUCCCUUGACUAUGCAAAGAAAAAUGAACCAAAGCACAGACUUGCAAGGCAUGGCCUGUAUGAGAAGAAAAAGACAUCAAGAAAGCAGCGAAAGGAACACAAGAACAGAAUGAAGAAAGUCAGGGGUACUGCAAAGGCAAAUGAUGGUGCUAGCGAAAAGAAGGAAUAA